AUGUUUACCACACAAGUACAUCAUGGCACAAAUGGAGGAGGUAAUCCAAUGAUGAAUGAUUUUCUGAUUCACGAUGAGUUUCCACCAUCGAGUUCAGUACACAUCGGUGGUUCUUCGAUAUCUUCUGCAUUCUCUGAUGGUUACGACUAUUUCGGAAUCAGUGAAGAUCCUCCUAUGCCAACCACUCAAUUACAACAACCACAACCAGUAGUACAGCAAGUAGUACAACAACAAGUACAACAACAAGUACAAACUCAACCACAACAAGUAGUACAACAACAAGUACAACAACAACCACAACAACAGCAACAACAACAACAGCAGACAUCAGAGUUCUCAAUGGCAGCGGCAACAACAGCUGCUCUGACCAAUCUGAAUCGAAUUCAACAACAGCAGCAACAGCAGCUAAUUCAACAACAGUCAAUGUUGGCCAAUUUCAAUAACAAUGUUAGUGCGAAUCACAAUCGAAUGUAUUUGAUGCUUGGCGGUGAGAAUAUGGGUGUUCUACCAUUCAACGAUGAAAAGAACUUAUUGUUGCUGUCAGCGUUGAACAACGAUGGUUCAUCAAUCUAUAAUAUUCAACAGCAAUUGCAACAACAACAAGCACAACAAUUAUUGCUGCAACAACAACAGCAACAGCAACAAGCACAACAACAACAACAACAAUAUAUUCCAAAUCAACAACAACAACAACAACAGAUAUAUCAACAAGUUCAGCAAGUACAACAACAACAACAAUUUAUACCAAAUCAACAACAAAAUAUAAUACAACAAUCGAUUCCACAAGUACAACAAGUUCAACAAGUACAACAACAGCAGCAACAGCAACAACAACAAAUAAAUAAUAUUAUAUUACAAAACCUUUCACCUCAACAACAACAACAAUUACUUUAUCAACAACAACAACAACAGAAUCAACAACAACAGUCACUUCAAAACCUUUCACCUCAACAACAGCAAACUAUAAUACAACAAACUACACCACCACAAAUAAUUCAACAGCCACAAAUAGUUUAUCAACAAUCACCUCAACAACAACAACAACAACAACAGCAGCAGCAACAACAGACAAUGAAUAUAUACCAACAACAACAACAGCAGCAACAACAACAACAACCAAAGAUGAUAUAUCAACAAUCACGUCCAAAAGUAUCACCUCAAAUUCAAAGUAUAAAUGGAAAUCAAUCUGUAAAUCAACAACAACAACAACAACAACCACAACAAUUACAUAAUCAUCAUUUUGGUAGUUCAAAUCCAUCGUCACCAAUUACCAUUGCAUCAUCACCUAGUAUCGAUCAUAACGUUGUGAAUUCACCUGCUCAACAACAACAACACUCUAAACCAAUGCCAAAUGUUAUACCACAAGCCAACAACAAUAGUAACAAUGUUAACAAACCAAUUACAACAGCGGUAUCACCACCACCACCACAACAAUCACCCAUUUCACAAUCUGGUACAGCAACAGCAUCGAUUCCAGACCCUGCCAUCUUUUCACAGGUCCCAUUCGUACAAACCAUUCAAUCGAAAUCGUCUGGUCCCAUUCACCCAUUCAAUUCCUUCAUUCUCAACGAUGAGUUUGACGAUCCCAAUCUCACCGACAAACAAAAGAACCGGCGAAGAGCCAGUCAGAAUCUGGCCAGUAGAAACUACCGACAGCGUAAGAAGGCGUACAUCACCGAUAUCGAAGCGAAAAUCGAGGGAUUGGAGCAGGAGAUCGAGCGGCUCAAGCGUGAGAAUCACGAAGCUCGUAAACUGGCGAAUCGACUACUCCAGGAGAAUGCAAUCCUGCGCAGUGGCGGCACACCAAUGAGAAAAUCCGACAUUCCAGGAUGCACCGGUGACGAAUCCGACGAGGAAGAUCCCGAGGAGAUAUUCGUACCGCCACCCGAGGAGCAGCAAGACAUCUCGGUGUUGAUCGAGCGUCUCGAACUCGGCACGAAAUCCGACCGUCAACAAGACGAUCUUCAAGACGAACAGAAAAUGGGUGAGAUCACCAACACUCUCAAGCUGUUCUAUCAGACACUGAAAUCGCGACACAAUGUAUAUACCGACCAAAUCAAACAAAUUGUAAAUCCAUGUACACAAGCCAAAUUGGUUUUACUGGAUGCCGAUGUAUCCUCUCAGAACUCUAUUUCCGUUUGUCAGAUUCCAAAUACACCUGAUCAACAACCUGCAUUUAUGAACACCCCUGAAGUAUCUUCACCUGCAUCCGUAUCCAACGUUCAACUAUCGUGGUGGAGUCACUACAUUCAUGAAGCAAGUCUAAAUGAUUUACAAGUUCAAAGAAUUAAACAAUUGAAAAAUGAUUUCACUCAACAACAUCAAAAGUUUAUCAAAGAGAGACAAGUGUUGAAUAAAGAGGUUAAGGAAUUCUAUCAAUCCAAGGUGUUUAAUUUCAAUAGGAAUUACUUUGGUAGCAGUGGAGGCGGUAGUAGUAGUGGUGGCAGUGGAAGUAGCAGUACGGAACAACAGUCUUCGCCAACGCAAAAGAUGGACGAAGACGGAGUACACACCAGUCCAACUCAGAACCAUUCGAAUAUCACCAUGUUGGGCGAGCGUCUCGACGCCAUCAAAGAGAAUUUGGAACAAGAGAAAUCGCUGUUGCUCUAUACCUACGAACAACUCGGACUCAUCCUCUCGCCAUACCAAGAGGCACUCCUCAUCACCAAGGUCUACACCAACCCACAGUCCUCAGGUUCCAAUCUCCAGAUGAUCCAUUCGAUUUGGGAAGCCAUCUCACUCUCUGAAUCACAAGAACAAAAAGAAUUGAAUUCAAACAAAGUAUCACCAAAUAUUAAUCAAUAA